UACACAGUGCCCUCACCAUUCUUUCUUGUGCUCCGAAGCUCCAUCCUACUCUCCUGUAUUACACUGAACUAACCUUCUGCAACUUGUCGAAACAAUGGCCGAACCAUUCGAAUGCGCAAAAGCUCCAAUGAAGGCGGCCUCCAAUGGCGUCUUCCAGGGAGACAAUCCUCUUCAUUUUGCACUACCUCUGCUGAUAAUACAGAUAUGUUUGGUGUGGAUGGUGACCAGAGCACUCGCAUAUUUUCUGAGGCCUCUACGACAGCCGCGAGUCAUUGCUGAAAUGAUUGGCGGAAUUCUGCUCGGUCCAUCGGCUUUUGGCCGGAGUAGUAAGUUUCUAAACGUUAUAUUUCCGUCAGAAAGCCUUACAGUUCUGGACACCAUUGCAAACCUUGGUCUGCUAUUCUUUCUAUUUCUUGUCGGCCUUGAGCUGGAUCCAAAAGCUCUUACACGAACUGGGCGGAAAGCGUUGAGCAUUGCCCUGGCAGGGAUAACUCUCCCGUUCUGUUUAGGAAUCGGGACAUCAUAUGUACUCAGGGCUACUAUAGCCAAAGAUGCAGGGCAGGGCCUGUUUCUUGUGUUCAUGGGGGUGGCUAUGUCGAUUACUGCUUUCCCUGUCUUGGCUCGUAUUUUGGCUGAACUCAAGCUUCUUACCACUGAUGUUGGGAGGAUGGCUAUGGCGGCUGCAGCUGUUAACGACAUAGCCGCGUGGGUUCUGCUUGCGCUGGCCAUCGCCCUGUCGGGGGCGAAGCAUUCGCCAUUAGUAUCACUGUGGGUGCUCUUGAGUGGGAUUGGUUUUCUGACAUUGUGUAUGUUAAUAGGCCCUUACAUUUUCGGGUGGGUGGCGCGGCACUGUCCGGAGGGGGAGCCGGUGGACGAGACAUACAUAUGCGCGACGUUGGUUGCUGUCUUGGCGGCUGGACUUGUGACGGAUACAAUUGGGAUCCAUGCACUUUUUGGGGCGUUUGUUGUCGGGAUUCUUGUUCCUAAGGAGGGAGCUUUUGCAGCAGCCAUUGUUGAGAAAGUUGAGGAUCUUGUGUCGGGUCUUCUUCUUCCUCUGUAUUUUGUGUCAAGUGGGCUGAAAACUAAUAUUGGCUCCAUUGAAGGUGCAGUGUCUUGGGGCCUUCUUGUUUUGGUCAUAUUCACAGCCUGUUUUGGGAAGAUUUUUGGCACUUUUGUUGUGUCCGUUUUGUGCAAGAUCCCUCCUAAGGAAGCUCUCACGCUUGGAUUCCUUAUGAACACAAAAGGCUUGGUGGAGCUUAUCGUCCUCAACAUUGGGAAAGACAGAGGGGUUCUGAACGACCAGACAUUUGCCAUACUGAUUCUAAUGGCGUUGGCGACUACGUUUCUUACAACGCCUGUAGUGAUAGCAAUGUACAAGCCGGCGAGAGUGGCGACGACGGAGUACAGGUACAGGACGAUUCAGAGGAAGGAUAGGAGCACUCAGCUGAGGCUGUUGGCUUGCUUCCAUACUACAAAAUCGAUUCCCACUUUGAUCAAUUUAAUGGAGAUUUCUCGUGGCACCGGGAAGAAGGGAGGACUGCGUGUCUACGCAAUGCACCUUAUGGAGCUGUCCGAGAGGUCAUCUGCUAUUUUAAUGGCGCACAAGGCUCGGAAGAAUGGCAGGCCGUUUUGGGACAAAGAUCAGGAUCGGCACGACCCGAACCAGAUUGUCGUGGCGUUCGAGGCCUUCCAGCAUCUUUGCCACGUGUCGAUCCGACCGGCAACGGCUAUAUCGAGGAUGGCGGCGAUGCACGAGGACAUAUGCUCCGGCGCGGAGGCGAAGAGGGCGGCGAUGAUAAUCGUGCCGUUCCACAAGCACCAGACGGUGGCCGGAGAUCUCGAGGCUGCGCGGGAAGAUUUCAGGCACGUGAACAGGAGGGUGCUGAAGAACGCGCCGUGUUCGGUCGCCGUUUUGGUUGACCGCGGCCUCGGCGGCGCGGCCCAUGUCUCCGCCAGCAACGUUGACUACAUGAUCACGGCGGUUUUCUUCGGCGGCGCCGACGACCGUGAGGCGGUGUCGUACGGAGCAUUAAUGGCCGAGCAUCCAGGCGUUAGAUUAAACGUCGUCCGUUUCGUCGUUGACCCGAAGGUCGCCGGAAAAAGCCUGCGCCUGGACGUGCACGGUACCGGCGGGGGGAAUUCACAGUCCAAAUCGGAGAACGAGGAGUUCAUUUCGGAAUUCAUAGAAAGAGCGUCGAAGGAUGGUUCGAUUAGGUACGAGGAGAGUGUGGUCGGCGAUGAAAACGAAACAGUUGACGUCAUCAAAGGACAUAGUCGCCUCUGCAACCUAUUUGUCGUGGGACGAAUCCCAGAGGGACAGCUGGCAGCUGCCCUUAAGAAGAAGUACUACGAGUGCCCGGAAUUAGGACCGAUUGGCAACCUGCUGAUAUCUCCGGCCAUGUCGACGGCCGCAUCGGUGUUGGUGGUGCAGCAGUACAGAAGGCGCCUGACCGGAGACGCGCUCAAGUCUUUGAAUUCCGAUGAGGACGUCAACACGUCACCUUGACUUUCUAUUUUCGGACACAUACAUAAAUGUAAUGCUGUUAGAACUAUUACUAUUACUAUAUAUGUACUUGUUUGCCUGUAACAUGUGUGUAUAUGUAUGUAUGUGUUUUAUGUAUUUUACAUACCGAUAGUUUAAAGGCUUGUUGUAACAUGUAUGGGCCUAACAAUGUCUCUCCGUUAUAUUCCAGUGGGCUUUCGAUU